AUGCCUUUUGGUUCAGCAGGUUUGAAAGAGCAGCUGUUUAAACCUGGGAAAGAAGAGGUGAAGAACACUGUGGGGGACUCUCUAGGAAAACUGCAAAGGAAAAUAGAUGGCAGUAAUGUGGAGGAAGAAGACAACAUUGAACUGACAGAGGAUGGCCGUCCAGUGGCAUCAGCACCGCGUCCUGCCCCUCUGCUGGACUGCAGCUGUGGCGGUCUGCCCAAACGAUACAUUAUCGCCAUCCUCAGCGGCCUGGGCUUCUGCAUCUCCUUUGGGAUUCGAUGCAAUCUUGGUGUGGCCAUUGUGGAAAUGGUGAACAACAACACCGUCUACAUUAAUGGGACGCCGGUGCUUCAGAAAGCUCAGUUUAACUGGGACCCAGAGACAGUGGGACUGAUCCACGGCUCCUUCUUCUGGGGCUACAUUGUCACUCAGAUCCCCGGUGGCUUCAUCUCCAACAAGCUCUCUGCCAACAGGGUGUUUGGUGCUGCCAUUUUCCUGACGUCGGUGCUGAAUAUGUUCAUCCCGUCCGCAGCCAGGGUGCAUUAUGGCUGUGUCAUGUUUGUUCGCAUCCUGCAGGGUUUAGUGGAGGGGGUUACCUACCCAGCAUGCCACGGGAUGUGGUCCAAAUGGGCGCCGCCUCUUGAGAGGAGCAGACUAGCUACCACGUCAUUCUGUGGAUCUUAUGCGGGAGCAGUGAUCGCCAUGCCUUUAGCCGGUGUGCUGGUCCAGUACGUUGGCUGGUCUUCGGUCUUCUAUAUUUAUGGUGUUUUUGGGAUCAUAUGGUACAUUCUCUGGCUGCUGCUGGCGUAUGGAAGUCCUGCUCAACAUCCCACCAUCACAGAUGAGGAGAGGAUGUACAUUGAGUCCACCAUCGGUGAAACAAUGAACCAACUGAGUGUGACUGAGAAAUUCAACACCCCGUGGCGCCGUUUCUUCACUUCCAUGCCUGUGUACGCAAUCAUCGUGGCCAACUUCUGCCGCAGCUGGACCUUCUACCUGCUCCUCAUCAGCCAGCCGGCGUAUUUUGAGGAGGUGUUUGGCUUCCCCAUCAGCAAGGUGGGGAUCCUGUCUGCCGUCCCCCACAUGGUGAUGACCAUCGUGGUUCCUAUAGGAGGACAAUUAGCCGACUUCCUACGUAGCAACAAAAUCAUGUCAACCACUAAUGUGAGGAAACUCAUGAACUGUGGAGGAUUUGGUAUGGAGGCAACUCUUCUGCUGGUGGUUGGAUUUUCUCACACUCGAGGAGUGGCCAUUUCUUUCCUUGUGCUGGCAGUGGGCUUCAGCGGAUUCGCUAUAUCAGGUUUUAAUGUCAAUCAUUUGGAUAUUGCUCCUCGCUAUGCCAGUAUCCUGAUGGGCAUUUCCAACGGGGUGGGAACGCUGUCUGGAAUGGUGUGUCCCCUCAUAGUGGGAGCUUUGACCAAGCAUAAGACUCGUCUGGAGUGGCAGAACGUCUUCGUUAUUGCGUCCAUGGUGCAUUACUCAGGGGUCAUCUUUUACGCCAUCUUUGCCUCGGGAGAGCAGCAGGACUGGGCCAACCCCGAAGGGACGAGCGAGGAUAAAUGCGGCAUCAUUGACGAGGAUGAGCUCGCCGAGGAGUCCGAGCUCAACAACGAGAACGUGGCGGCUCCCAAAAGGAGUUACGGAACAACGGACGAUUCGUCCGGCCGGAAGCAGGGCUGGAAACAGAAGAGAGGGGCGACCAUGCAGGAGCAGGAGGAGCACUAUGGAAAUGGAGACUACCAGGACCGCUACCAAUGA